CUGAGCCGGGCAGCCUGUGGCGCCGGCUGGGAGUCGCGCGCCCGACCGUUGCAGGGGGCGCGCGCCCCGCGGCCGGGCGCUGGCGGGGGCGGUAGGGGCUGUCCCCGUCGCCUGCCCUUCCGUCCCUUCCCCACCUACUCCCGCCCGGCCCGGCCCGGCUCCGCUCCGCUCGGCGCUGUGAUUGGGCGGAAGAUGGCGCUGGGCGGAUGGAAAUCCUAAUGACAGUCUCCAAAAUCGCCUCUAUCUGUACCAUGGGCGCCAAUGCCUCUGCUUUGGAGAAAGAAAUUGGUCCAGAACAAUUUCCAGUCAAUGAGCACUACUUUGGUUUGGUUAAUUUCGGGAAUACAUGCUACUGCAAUUCAGUUCUUCAGGCACUUUACUUUUGUCGACCGUUUCGAGACAAAGUCUUAGCAUACAAGAGUCAACCAAGAAAAAAAGAAAAUCUGCUCACAUGCUUAGCUGAUCUCUUCCACAGUAUAGCCACUCAGAAGAAAAAAGUUGGAGUAAUACCUCCCAAGAAAUUUAUAACAAGAUUACGAAAGGAAAAUGAGCUUUUUGAUAACUACAUGCAGCAAGAUGCACACGAAUUCUUAAACUAUCUAUUAAAUACAGUGGCGGAUAUCUUGCAAGAGGAAAGAAAACAGGAGAAGCAAAAUGGUCGCCUACCCAAUGGCAAUGUUGACAAUGAAAAUAACAGCCCACCAGACCCAACCUGGGUUCAUGAAAUCUUUCAGGGAACAUUAACUAAUGAAACCAGAUGUCUUACAUGUGAAACUAUAAGCAGCAAAGAUGAAGACUUCUUAGACCUUUCAGUUGAUGUGGAGCAGAAUACUUCAAUCACUCAUUGUUUAAGGGGUUUCAGCAAUACAGAAACUCUGUGCAGUGAAUACAAAUAUUACUGUGAAGAAUGUCGCAGUAAACAAGAAGCACAUAAAAGGAUGAAAGUAAAAAAGCUGCCUAUGAUUCUAGCUCUCCAUUUGAAGAGGUUUAAAUACAUGGAUCAGCUGCAUCGAUACACAAAACUCUCUUAUAGAGUAGUUUUUCCUUUAGAGCUUCGGUUAUUUAACACCUCAGGAGAUGCCACCAAUCCUGACAGAAUGUAUGACCUUGUGGCUGUGGUAGUUCAUUGUGGAAGUGGGCCUAACAGAGGACAUUAUAUUGCAAUAGUGAAGAGUCAUGAUUUUUGGUUACUUUUUGAUGAUGAUAUUGUUGAGAAAAUUGAUGCACAAGCUAUUGAAGAAUUCUACGGGUUGACGUCAGACAUCUCAAAGAAUUCUGAAUCUGGUUACAUCCUCUUCUAUCAGUCUCGGGAUUGAGGAGGAGCUGCUAGUGAAGAGAGAAUUUUAUGCCCCACACAUCUUCUCUAUCUUGGAUUGGAGCAAGCACUGAACGAAAGGAAAGCAGAGAGCUCCCGGGGCAGUAGCAUAAUUUGCACACAACUAAGCAAAGAGUUUGAGAUUCUUAAAACCUUUGUAUCAUUUUAAUUUUAUUUGCUCAGGUUUCAUGCUGACUGUGCAUCUCUAUUCCAUCCCAUAAGCAAAAAGAGAGAUACCAGCCAUUCUUGCAGGAGCUUUCUGUUAGGUAAUGCUAUCUCUAUGGUCCUAAUUCAAAGCCCAUUCAAGUCACUGGAGAACCUUAUAUGGACUUCAGUGGAAUUUCAGCCAGGUUCUAACUGCACUGUCAGAUUGGUGCAACGAGAGCAUUAGAAAUCUGUAUUUUAUACAGACUUUGUGUAUAAAAGGUGAAGGACUCUGUGAACUUAGUUUCCUGUGCUCGAGUUUAAAAGAACAAAGUUGGGAGGGUUACCAUGUUAGCAAGAAGAUCUGGGCUCAACACAAUUGCCUUCUUGAUGGUAGUAGUUUAACUGAAGAUAAUAAACUGGUGUCAGGGAGGCAAGUAUGUUUUGCUUCUCUGAAGAAGCUUACGUUAUAUAUAAUGUGUGAUCGGGAACAAUCAGUCAAGAUUAUGGCUUUUAAUCUCCGUAUGGGGAAAGAUUUGGUUUGUAGUAGUUUAUUUUUAUUUAUAAAUUAUUGUAACUUCUGUAUUGUCCUUUAUUCUAACAAGUAUUGGAAAUGUUAUAUAUUAAUUUGGAUGAAAACAGAUGUCUAAAAGUUAAAGAAGAAGCACCAAUAUGAAUUCUAAAAAUAAUGCUUACCAUAUCUGUAAAAAAUGAAUAGUACAGAGGAGAGAUUUCCUUCUGGAGGAACUGCUAUUGAAGUACUAUAUUGAAUUAAAUUACAAUAUCCUCUUUCCAUUAAUGA